AACCACUAUCUUAAAUUUAAAAUAGCGGCAAAAUUGACGCAAUCACUGUCAGCGCUGCCACAACCCGCUUAUACGGCGCUGCCAGACGGCCAUACCAAUUGGUGUUUAGUAUUUUCCACCCACACCGCAAACGGUCGUACGAAUUUUCUUCUUUUUCCAUUGUGCGUUUUUGUUAUUGGCUAGAAACAAAUUGUAGACGAAAUUUACCAGUGAAAUGCAGUGCAAAUUGCUUAGUAUGUCCAGGGCCUACUAAGACAUAGGGAGAGAGAAAGCCAGCGAGCAGGAGCAGCCACGCCCACGCUAGGCGCACCGCCCACCGCCGCAGGAUACACAUACACGCGUAGCUCACACUCACUCACUGACACACACACGCACUCACGCACACAAAAGAGAUCCGUGGGUGGCGAAAAAGGAUUUCCGGAAUGAUGCUCACAUCCAUAAACAACUCCUUCGAGCAGGACACCCACGAUGCGGACGCCAACUGCGAUGGGCCCGAUCUGGACUUCGUAUACUCCGACGUGGAUGGCUACCAGAACGAGAUCGCCGAGCUGUAUAGCUACACGGAGUUCAGCGAGUUUCAGAUGAACGUGAAGGCCUUCGAGGACCAGAUGGAGCUGUACGACCUGCCGCCCAACUGGCAAAAGCAGGAUUCCGCCUCCCAGCGGGGCAUAGUGAUGAAGCUGGUGGACCAGCUGGAGGUCUCCGAUCGAUCCUUUCGCAUGCAGGCCGCCCGGUGCAUCUUGUACCUGGCCCAGGGCUGCUGGGCGGAGGUGCAGUCGGACGAGGAGCAGCACCAAAUCACCAGGGACAAUGUGCUAGUGCUCUACCAACUCGGUGUGUUCGCUUCCUUCAUCGACCUGCUCAACAUGGAGAUCGAGAGCGCCUGCUCCCCAGACAUUGUGGCCGUCAAGAUCACCAACGUCACGCUUGUGGACUCGACGGACAUCCGGGUGAUCCUCUCUGUGCUCUACAUCAUCACAGAGACAAUACGCGAUGAACGGGAAAGGGGCAGCGAGGACUACAGAGAACUGGCCGACUCCUUUGUUCAGGAGAUCAACUCGCCUCUACCAGAUGGCGAGCUCCUGGCCGUCAAGCUGCUGGGCAUGAUCACAAGGUUUUGCAGUGGUGCAGCACCGCAGUUUCCCAUGAAGAAGGUUGUCCUGCUGCUGUGGAAAGUCUCCCUGCUGGGACUGGGUGGCAUGGAUGUGCUCAAGAAUCUCAAAAACGAGUAUCGAUUAAAGGUGGGCUUGGAACCCAUCACCGAGGACACGCUGGAGGUUACUAAGUGCAUGCGAGCUAGCUCUCCGCCGGCAACAGCCACUGAUAUACUGGAAAACCAGUAUCCCAAGAGGAACUUCAAACGCUCCCUGAUGAAGCAGCGUUUCCUGGACGAGCCGGAACAGAUAGACAUGGAGAUGGGCGGCAACGACGGUCAAACUAAUGCCAACAAUGGCAGCGGCAAUGGCGGAAACGGAGAGGAAGAGCUCUCUCAGUACUACAGGCCCUACGACGAUCCCUCUUCAUCGGCAUCCACCACCUCGACAGCGAAUCCGAACAACCAGCCUAGCCUAACACAACCACCCGCUGCUGUGCCUCCGGUACAGAUCACGGCUCGCCUGCCCUGGACGCCCAAGGUGCGACAAAAGGACAUUGACCAGUUUCUGGACAUAUCGCGGAAUAAGUUCAUCGGUUAUUCGCUCAUUGGUGACCACGAGAGUCUGGCUGGACUACCGCAACCCAUUCACGAGGGCUUUAAGACGCUGCAGCGACACAUGUACAUGAGUCUGGCCGAUGUGCAAAUCAAGAAAGAAGAGGACAUAGCAAGGAAUCCCAUUUCCACGCACGAGGACGAAAUCAAAUUGACUCCGGCGGAGGUGCUAUACCAGGCAAUCCUGCCAAACCUGCCGCAGUAUAUGAUCGCUCUGCUCAAGGUCCUGCUGGCGGCUUCGCCAACUUCCAAGUCCAAGACGGAGAGCAUCAACAUAAUGGCCGAUGUGCUGCCUAGGAAGAUGCCGCUGACGGCCACACAAUCAACAAAGCUAACUGUCGACAUUGGUCGGCACAAAGAGAUCAUUGUGAAGGCUGUCUCGGCCAUCAUCUUGCUAUAUUUAAAGCAUUUCAAGAUAAAUCAUGUUUACCAGUUUGAGUUCAUGUCCCAGCACCUGGUUUUUGCCAACUGCAUCCCGCUGGUCUUGAAAUUCUUCAAUCAGACAAUCACGGAGUACGUGAACACCAAGAACUCCAUUCCACUGCUUGAUUUCCCGUCGUGUGUGAUUGGUGAGCAACCGGAUUUAAGUGGCGAUAGCUUUGUGUACGGCGGCGAGAUGUCCGAUAAAUCCUACUCCUGGCGGAACGUGUUCUCCUGCAUUAACCUGCUGCGCAUCCUUAACAAGCUGAUCAAGUGGAAGCACUCACGAGUGAUGAUGCUGGUGGUGUUCAAGUCGGCACCGAUCCUAAAGAAGACGCUUAAGGUGCGCCACGCCAUGAUGCAGCUGUACGUGCUGAAGCUGCUCAAGAUGCAGACCAAAUACUUGGGUCGCCAAUGGCGCAAGUCCAAUAUGAAGACCAUGAGUGCAAUUUACGCCAAGGUGCGGCAUCGUCUUAACGACGACUGGGCCUUUGGCAACGACUUGGAGUCGCGUCCCUGGGAUUUCCAGGCGGAGGAGUGCACGCUGCGGGCCUGCGUGGAUCGAUUCAAUCUGCGACGCUAUCCGGAAGCCACCCAGAAGUGUGGAAACAACGGCACAGCAGCUCAGAAUGCGGAAAACGCCCAGCAAUCCAACAUGAUGGCGGGCAACAAUGGAUGCGGCAAUAAUGGCGACGCAAAUGGCUAUGGAAACAACGGUGGCGGAGCCAAUGGCGGCCACAACCAGCAGCAGCAGCUCAACGAUUAUGGUGUGGAGGGUGGCUUCCCAAGCGACGAGAUUCUUACCCACUCGGACUUUGCCUUCUUCGGACACUCGGGCUGGUGGGAUCGCAAGGUCGAGCUGACGGAUUACUUCAAGGCCAACUACGCGGUCUGGCUGGAGGAGGAGGUCUACAACAGUCAGACCGACUGGGAUGCCCUCUAGGGCAGGGCUGCUGUCGCUGUCCUAUAGGAUCCACAUACGCGUCAUAUAAGCAAAAAGUUAUUAACGUAAUUGUAAGCAUUAAGCAGUACAUUGAUAUAAUCCAUGUAGCCCGACCACGAUUGGAACACCAACUACUCACUGAAUUGGCAAUAAUUUGGCAAGCCACGCGUCUCCGCUGCGCUCCUCUUCACUAACUAGCAUACGCGAAUACUACCCCAUAGCGAUGACAAGGGUGUAUAUGUAAUGAAUGUAUUUUUUAGUUUAUAUAUUUAUUUUACCUGUUCCACGAGUCCCUUGAAACGGAUCGCGGUAAUUGGCUUCUGUAGCGGAAUAAACAAAUUUGCUAGUUCGAAAA